CCAGACGCAGAAAAAAUGGCACAGGCGCUUCCAUUCAUUCCGGCCUUAGUCCAACAACUGCUUUGGAUCUUUUACGGAAGAUUAGUUUAUUACUUGAAGAAAGAGUCAGAAGAACCUGGGUGGUCACCGGACGAUAAGCCAGUGAAGAUUGACAAGUGGGACACGGCAGCUUUAAAGAAUGCGUUAGACGACGGAGCAAAGAAGGUUAUACUGGAAGGCUUUAGGCUGAAGGAAUCACACACCCUGUUUGAUCUGCGUCUGCUGAUCUGCUCUGUGGCUGUUGGAUUCUCAUUCUUUGCCCUGCUGUGGGAUUACAUCAAACCAUUCCCAGAAUCUCGACCCGUCCUCAUCAUCUGUGUCCUGUCAUACUUUGUAUUGAUGGGCGUGCUGACAGUUUACACAACGUACAUAGAGCAAGGUAUAUUCCUAGUGGCGUUGGAUAAAGACGAAGCUGGGCUAGAACCUGACGAUGUGUGGGAACUCUCAUCUAAUCUGAAAAAAUAUGAUGACCAGUAUCAUCUCCAGAUUUCUGUCAAACCUGGCACCACAAAAAUUUCUCGUUCCAUGGACUUCACGAAAAGUGUUGGCGAAUUCUUUGAUGAUACUGGCAAAUUUGACUACAACAGCUUUGAGCCUGAAGUCAGAAUCCUAAAAGCAAAGCUAUCAGAAAGCCACAAGGAUUGAUUUUGCGCUGCUGCUUCUUGAAUGUAUAAUUUCGUGGAGGAAAGCAUCAAUUUUCUCUGUCAAAAACAGCUUCCUUCAUUGAGACUGAAUCAGAGAGUGACAAAUUAGCAGAGACUCAUUUAUGUACAAGAAACCCACAGAAAAAUCUUGUUGACAUUAUUUCAGAAUUUGGUAUCAUAUCUGUGAAUUUUAGAGCGAUGGUUUCUUUGGCUAGUCAUAUGGAGUAUUGUAUAUAUGGACAACUCAUCUUCAUAAGUGCUUGAAAAGUCAUCAACUUUGAUGAAAUAUUUAAUUUGAUAACUUUUUGUUAAAUUUAUCUAUGAAAAAUGGUUGCUCACAAAUUCCCUGACCCAUGGGUCUUUGGGUCCACAUGAUGUGAACAUUUCAAAGAACAGGGAGCAAAGUGUAAGAAAUAAUAGAUAGGCCAAUUUUGUUCUUGAUAAAGGCCUUAUAUCCAAUCUUUAAGAUAGCCAUAGGGGGUUUGUUCUGAAUUUAAGAUUGGAAAAUCUUACGCAUUUUGAUACACAGCAAAUUUGUGGGUUGAGAAUUUGCCAAGUUCCUGUGUUGAAAUAUGCCUGCUUUCUACCUAGACUUGAAGCAGUACUGUUUUGCAAAUAUUGAGCUUAAAUUGUCAUAACUUGGCAUGACAUGAUAUUGUAUUAAAUUUGAAAAAAAAAGGAAUCAUUGUGAUGAUUUUUUUUCUCUAGCAGAAAUAUUUAUAAUUAAGUCUAAAACAUAUUGAAUCUUUGAGUAGUGGUUUCCAAGAGAACCUACCCAACAUGGUGUUGGUUUGGACCAAAUACAUGUAACAGCAAGUUUUAAACUAUUUUGUGGAAUUAUGUGCUUCAAGUGUAUUACAUGUAAUGAAUGAAUGAAACUGUUGUCAUGUGACUAUGUAUGGAUGAAUAUGGUUGAUGGGAUAAUUGUAUAGGCCAAAUGGCUGAGUGACUUUGUUUUGUAUUUUACAUUAAACUCUUGGUGUAUUGAUAA